CUUUAAUCUCAUAUCGAGUAAUUCGAUUUUUUUGGGCGGUCAAAUAUUCAUUUCUUAUGAGCGGGCCUGAAUAAAAUACAAUGGGCUUUGGAUCGGGCCAAACUUGAUCAAACAAAUCUUCAAUAAUUCUCGUCCAAACCUCCGGCCCAUAUCCAUAUUUAGUCCGGAUGAUGAGUCACAUUCUCCCCUCCACGUGGCAACCUCUCAGGCCCAUCAUCUCUUCUCUUUUACUCAACCGUACAAAGGAUAGCAAACGACCUCUCCGACCCUCUCUCCUCUUCGCCGAAAAUGGCGCGACCGACCACAUCUCAGCCUACCUCCUCCUCCAACUCCCGCCCCGGCACGGCGGCGCCGAGAGGAUCGGCAGCCGCCACGGCCGGAAUGCGCCGCCGGAGGAUCGGAGGAGCAUCCGCUGUCAGCUCCGGCGCCGGAUCUCCCGGGAACUCGAGCAACAUGCUCAGAUUCUACACAGAUGACGCUCCCGGACUCAAGAUCAGCCCCACCGUGGUCCUCAUCAUGAGCAUCUGUUUCAUCGGCUUCGUCGCCGUCCUCCACGUCUUUGGCAAGUUCUACCGCUACGGAUCUGGCGGCGGCGCUUGAUUCCCACGCGCACUGGCGACUCUCGGAUCAAUAAGGCCUCAGGUGUCACGGAUACUGGUAAUUCGACCUGCUUGGGAAGGAAUAACGUCUGUAAAUUCUUGUUACGAUUCUCUCUCGUUUCUCUGAAUCUGAGUUUCAUUAGGGUUGAGUAUGACACAAAUUUCAAAAAGAAUAAAAUUGUGGAGUUGAAAAUGAUGCAGAUGAGAGAAAAAUCUGAGCCACACAAGAUUUGCGAAAUUUGAAAAUAUGAGUCUUUUUUGAGACAUUUCUUAACUGGAAAUGAAGAAUACUUUUUGGGACAAAGGAAAUAUAAAAAGGUCGCGCCUCAGUCCGACAUAUCAAUUUGUGAGGUUGGUCGCAUAGUCGCGCCUCAGUCCGGCAACACAGCCUCCAAGUUUGGGAUGCUUGUUAGUCGUCCCCGUGUCACCGCGUGGGAGUCAUUCGUCAUCAAAAUUUAUUGUUCGUUUGCAGGGCCGGUCACCUUCGUUCGUUGUUGUCACAGCAGAUCAAGUUCAAGUUGUUUAUCAAGUUUUUUUUAGUUCUAGUUUUUUUUUAAUUGUCCAAGUUGUGCAUUCGUUAACCUCAUGCUCAACUUGAGGGG